AUGGUGAAAUUUACCAUAAUUCUGUAUGUAAUCAUAUUAUUGUCACUAUUACCAUCUCCAUCAACCCAAUUACAACGGUUCACAUACCAAGAUCCGCAGGCUGGCCUAGAUCUUAUCGACUAUGAUAAGUCAAAUGAUGGAACUAUAAUAUUACGUUUCGGAAAACCAAUAACGCAAGUAAACGGGAGUACAAUGUGCUGGGAUAAGACCAUUUAUCUUAGAAUAAUUCAUCCAAACGCGUCGAUUAGCUUCUUUUCGAUUUCAAAUCAUGAUAUCCCAGAUUUUAAUUUUUGUUUGAUAAAUGGAACAAAUAAUGAUUACACGAAAAUUUGGGGAUUCGAUCAAGGACUUAUGUUGCUUACUUUUCAUGAUUCAUCGAACGCAACGACUUCUGCAAUCAUGGCUUUCUACGUGCUAGAAAGGGGGUUUGCCAUAGCUUACGGAGGAGAUGAUUCUCUUAAUUCUACCGCUAACAUUAAUAGUUUUAAUGUUGGCACGACUAACGGCUCGAAUGAUUCUCAGACAUUAAUUCAAACUUCAACAUUACAGGAACUUAUAUGUAAUGUUGAUUUUGACGGUGCAGGGAAUAUAUGUAUGCUAAUAUUGACUUCUCAAUAUAAUAUCACAAAUACAACUUCACAACCUACCCUCUUAAAAAUAUCUUAUCUUUCUUCCGGAUCAGUAACGAAAAUAGGGGAAAUGAAAAAUGUAAACUUUACUAACGGAUUUAAUCUCAUUCCUCUUCGAUUUGGUGGUUACCUAAUGACAGUAUAUCAAGACGUUACCAAUUUUGGUUAUGUUCUCGAAGAAGAUGGAAAUGUAUAUUGCAAUUGGUCUUUACCACAACCUUUAUAUCUUCCUCAGCAUAAAAGUGGUUAUGCUGUACUUACGAAUAAUUCAAUCGUUGUCGUAGAGAAUCAAAAUGAUUCAAUUUGGAGCAUAACACGUGAUGAUUUAUAUAGAUUCUACGGACAAGACAAUAGAUACAAUAACCCGAUCAUAGAAUCAACGAAUCCGAUAAUAGGUUCCCAAGUAAACGAAUCUACGAGACAACUCCUGUCUACAUUCACUUAUCCUGUGACUCUCUCCAGUUCGAACGUUUCAAUAUACCAACAAAUAAUUGGAUCUAAUGAUUUGUUACGCCAACGAUUUAAUGGCGAUUCUUCAAAUCCACUUUGUCGCCUUGAUCCAAAUAACAAUAAAUCCAUUUUAAUACAAGUUCUUCCCAGUACUUUUAACGAACCUAAUAGUCUUUAUUAUGUGGUUAUUGAGAAUAAUUUUGUAAAACGUAGCGAUUCAAAUGAAGCUCUUUUGGGAGUUGAUAAAAAUUUAUGGACUUUAGUCGCUGAAAACAAACAAUAUGUUUAUUCAAGCAAAAUAACGGGCAUUAUCCGUCUAACACCAGAUGGUUCAAAUUAUUUUCUUUCUCUUAGCUCUGCUAAUCGACUAAAAUUUCAUGAACAAAUAGCCGCCGACCUCUCUUCCGUAAUUCCCGUCGAAGAUAACAGACUAACUGCCGCAGACGGUUUCGAAAAAGAUAUGUCCACCGGAACCUUGCAAAUAUUGCUUCCCUUUAACAUUAAGGAUACUACAGAUUUGUCAAAGAAAAGUACUGACAAAAUAUCUCAAGAUUUAAAUACAUUAUUGACAUAUAAGAAAUAUAGUGCUUUAAUGGAUUACAAUACGACAGCUUUAAUUGAUGAGACUUAUUCCAUGACUAUUGCUCAUGCUCGUAAAGUUCCAGAAUUAUGGUUACCGACUUUAAUGAUCCUCGUAAUUUCAACGUCCACAAACAUGGCCUUUUCUUUUAUGAUUACUGUUCAUGAAAUUGGUAAAAAUCCUAAAUUCAACAAAUGGUUCUCAGAAUAUGGUCAUUUUCUUCCACUUCUCACUAUCAUAUCAACGGGACAUAUUGAAGCUCUUAAUGUUUUGACUUCAAAAUUUGGGAUGUUGGAAAUAUUCAGCACAACCUUUUCAAAGACUGCUGAAAAAACUAUAUUUAUUGUUGGAAUAUUAGGCUUGAUUAUCGGUGAAAUCCCGCAAUUCAUCAUUCAGGUUGGCACUUUAUUUGAUGAAAAACGAUAUUUUGGUGUUUGA